AUGUCAUCAAUUGUCACUGGAUUCCCUGUUGGGGUUACCACAUUCCAACACACUAGCCUCCAAUCUCCAUCAUCAAUUCGUCUAGUCUCAUUCAUCAAAAGACCACGCCAAUUGUCGCCACCUUCAAGUCAGAGUCAAGACCUUAUUGAAUGCAUCUUGGAGACGACAGAAAUUGAUCAUGCGCCUGAGUUUGAUGUCAUCUCCACGAGCUGCGGAGACUCCCACCAAGCCAAUCAACGAAAUGAUAUUGUUGUCGAAGGGAAAAUCAUAUCUGUUCCGAAGGAGAUCUACGAGGCUGCGCAGAUGAUCAAAGGAAAGCAUGAUCAAAUUGAGGAACGAAUUACGGUACACUACAAAACAGAAGUGAUAAAGGCUGCCGAAGAAGGACGCCUGAGCGAUGUAGAGAGGUGUUUGCGGCAAGGCGCUUAUGUUCACGCACAAGAUCGCUAUGGUGAAACGGCGAUACACUACGCAUGCGAGAACGGACAUUUGGAGAUCGUUAGUCUAUUGCUUGAUCAUGGUGCGAGUAUCAAGAUUAUUGACUCUCACGGUCGAUCACCAAUUGGAUGCAUGCAGGCUAAGACAAAGCAAGAGUGGAAGAAGAUGAAAUCGCCUGAGAGGUUACAUCAAGAUCCCGAAGACAGACAACUUGUACCCUCUGGUGAGAUUAUCAGAUUCGGAAAGCCAAUCUGGAUCGAUGCGAUUUGUGUCAACCAGGAGGACGAGAACGAAAAGGCCAGCCACAAGUCUAUCACUCCCCAGAUAUAUGCUCGAGCACGUUCUGUCAUGGCCUGGACUGGUGUCAUGGAUCCAGCAACAAGGCUCUCACAAAACACAGUCAUAACAGGUGUUUACGGCGAUGAAGCAAAUCUUGCCAAGAUCAGUUUGGCUCCUGGGCAUCCUUCGGAUGACAGUAUGAGACAACAGGUUGUGGAACUCAAGCGAACGGUUCGCAAUCUUCUUGCGAGGCCAUGGUUCCAGAGACCAGAUCUGUUGAACGAGGUGGCUCUGGGAGGAAAUGUCAAGGUAUAUUGUGGAGAGGAUGCAAUUCCUUUGUCUGAUAUACUGGAAUAUAUAAGAAGACAGACAUCUGAAGAGGACAAGGAGAUACUUUCGGGGCUGAAAGUGUGGGGUCUGCUUGGUGAGGCAGAGGGAUAG